AUGAAAGCAGCAGGAUUAGUUAACUUUGAGGAAGGAUACAUGAAAGGCUUUAACCCAGAAGUGGCUCUUCAUGAGCAAGCUGAUCUGCUUCCAUAUGACACAGAUUACGAGUUUCCCAAAGAACGAAUAGAAUUUUCAAAACAGCUCGGUCACGGCGCCUUUGGGAUAGUUAUGAAAGCGACUGCCUCUAACAUAAUGGUACACGAAGAAUCCACGACGGUCGCCGUAAAGAUGCUCAAACACAAAAACGACAAUCAAGCUAUACGUGCGCUUGUCUUGGAGCUAAAAAUAAUGAUCCAUUUGGGUCAGCAUCUGAAUGUGGUGAACUUACUUGGAGCAGUGACCAAAAACAUUGCAAAACGUGAACUGAUGGUUAUCCUCGAGUAUUGUCCAUAUGGUAGCAUUCAAAGCAUUCUUAUGAAAAGUCGAGAACACUUUAUCGAUCAAAUCAAUCCCCAAACAGAUGAAAUAGAAUGGCAGCAAUACAGCGAGUUUUUGGCACAGCGAAAUAGCGCCAAUAAUUAUACAUUUCAGCGUAACGAUUCUUUUCACAAUGAUAUGGAAACAGGAAUUCAAAGUGGGGCACAGAUAGAGCAAUUAGAAGAUGUAGAAGGAUGCAGCACAGAAGACAUGGUCAUGCUACCGAUGACAAACCUUCAUGCACAACGAAUUAUUAAUACAACGGAUCUGGUGUGUUGGGCCUCGCAGAUUGCGACUGGAAUGGAUUAUCUUGCCUCACGAAAGGUGGUACACGGCGACCUGGCCACCAGAAAUGUGCUUUUGUGCCACAAUAAUGUGGUUAAAAUUUGUGACUUUGGAUUAGCUCGCUCGAUCUACCGAAGAAACAACUACAAGAAAAAAGGCGAAGAUCUUCUGCCAUUUAAGUGGUUAGCGUUGGAGUGCAUGAGCGACAAUGUGUUCAGCGUAUCCUCGGACGUCUGGGCGUACGGUAUUGUUCUGUGGGAGCUGUUUUCAUUGGCGCAGGUUCCAUAUCCUGGAUUGGAUGCCAAUGAACAAUUGUACCACAAAUUACGCGAUGGUUACCGCAUGGAUCAGCCACAGUAUGCGAAUCAAAUCAUAUACGAUGUGAUGCUGCAUUGUUGGUAUGUUAACCCAGAAACUCGACCUUCAUUCUAUGAUCUAAAAUGUCGAUUGAACGCCAUGCUACCAGACGAGUUGAAAGAUCAUUACUGGCAACUAAACGAGACAUACUUAGCAGUGAAUGUCAUGAGAAUGGAACGAAAUAAGACAGAUUAUUUAGCUUAUCUUGGAUCCCCCGACGAAAUGGCUCCUGCUACACCAGAUUGUGUUAGCGUAAUUUCAUCAUAG